AGUUUUCUCAUUUUAACUGGCUUACUGAGUGUAUGUUGAGCUACGUAUUGCAAUCUUCAGAGCAGCAGGAAUUUUUUUUGUCAUAAGACUAGUCAUUUGGUACCAAUAGGAAAUCAAGACGACAUAAAGAAGUGAGCAUUCCCUUUCUAAAGUUCCGUGAUACGACUUGCACUUGGGCGCCCCACGGUGCACUACCUGUGCGUGCGUGCGUGCGUCGCAGAUGGCUCGCGCGUGGCACAAGUUCUGGCUGCUGCUGUGGAAGAACUGGACGCUGUACCGUCGCCACCCCGUCCAAACUGCCGUGGAGGUGCUGGCGCCCGUCUUCUUCUCCGCGCUGCUGGUGGUGAUCCGCAGCCUCGUCGCGACGCAGCAGUUCACCGAGCCGACGCUCUACGUGCCGUUCUCUCCGGCCGACCACUGGGGCACCGUCCUCGACCGCAUGGCGAACGCAUCCCACAGAGGCAUCAUGGUAGCAUAUUCCCCUGCCAAUCCAGUUUUAGACAGCAUCAUGACAAAGGCAGUUGAACGCUUCCAUCAAAAAGGUACAGCAAUUCCAUUCUCGAGUGAGACUGCUCUCCUUACGAAUCUGACUCAACCGGGCGCCAUGAACAUCAUCCUAGCUGGAGUCGUAUUUGACGACUCGCUGGCCGGCGUGACGGAACUGCCUCAACACGUUCAGUACAAAGUGAGAUUUCCUGGAGAGUCCAGAUCCGUUCAGUCUUCAAGCUCUUCUGUAAUGUACAACUGGAAAACAGACAGGUUGUUCCCGACCUUCCAGGAAGGAGGACCGAGACUAAAAAGCGAUUCCGAUGGCGGGAAUGUCCCAGGCUACCACACUGAGGGCUUCCUCACCCUGCAGCACUUUGUGUCGGCCAGCAUCAUCGAGCAGGUGUCGGGCAAUGCCUCGGUGCCUCCGGUGCUGCUGCAGAGGUUCCCCUACCCCCCGUACGUGAGCGACCCCAUGCUCCUGGCCUUGGAGAACAUCGUGUCCAUAUUCAUGUUGCUGAGCUUCAUUUUCUCCUGCACCUCGAUCGUCAAGGUCAUCGCAAGCGAGAAGGAGUUGCAGCUCAAGGAAACCAUGAAGAUCAUGGGACUGCCGAGUUGGCUGCACUGGACAGCGUGGUUCGUCAGCUGCUUCCUGGUCCUGUUAAUUUCGGUGAUUUUAGUGACGGUACUGACUAAAGUUUCGUGGAAUUCCUCAUCGGACCUAGCGGUGUUCACCAAAUCCAAUGGCAUCAUCAUAUUCAUCUUCCUUAUGCUGUAUGCUGUGACUAUCAUCUGCUUCUGUUUCAUGGUAUCUUCGUUCUUUUCCAAAGCGAACCUGGCUGCGACGAUGGCGGGCCUCGGCUGGUUCCUGCUGUACGCUCCCUACAUGUUCCUGCAGCCCAACUACGGCUCGCUGGGGCUGGCUGCCAAGCUCGCCCUGAUGCUGUUCUGCAACACCGCCAUGUCGCUCGGCUUCCAGCUCGUGCUCAUGUUCGAGGGCUCGGGUCGCGGCCUGCAGUGGGACUCCUUGUGGCAGCCGGCGACACAAGGCGACAGCGUGGUCUUCGGCCACGUCUUGAUAUUCCUCGUCGUCGACGCUGUCCUGUACCUGCUGAUAGCACUCUACGUGGAGGCCGUGUAUCCCGGGCUCUACGGGGUUCCCAAGCCAUGGAACUUCUUUCUUAAGAAGUCGUUCUGGUGCGGUGGCGAGGCGGCCACAGUGGAGGCGACUGGGGACAGCCUGUGGAUCAGCAGCAGCCCUGACUUCGUGGAGACGGAGCCAGCCCUGCCCAUCGGCAUACAGAUCAAGGAGCUGCGUAAGGUGUUCGGCAAGAAGGUGGCGGUGGACGGCCUCAGCGUGAACAUGUACGAGGGCCACAUCACGGUGCUGCUGGGCCACAACGGGGCGGGCAAGACCACCACCAUAGCCAUGCUGACCGGCAUGCUGCCCCCCUCGGGCGGCACGGCGACCGUGGGCAGCCGCGACGUGAGGACGCAGAUGGACGGGGUGCGCGCCAGCCUGGGGGUGUGCCCACAGCACAACGUGCUCUUCAACGACCUCACCGUCGCCGAGCACUUGUACUUCUUCGGCAAGCUGAAGGGGAUGGAGAAUAAGGAGAUCCGAGCGGAGACCCAGCGGUACCUCAGCGUGUUGGAGCUGCUGCCGAAGCAGAACGCGCUGGCCCGCACCCUGUCCGGGGGGAUGAAGAGGAAGCUGUGUGCCGCCAUCGCCCUGUGCGGCCGCUCCAAGGUGGUGGUGAUCGACGAGCCGACCUCGGGCAUGGACCCCGCCGCGCGCCGCACGCUCUGGGACCUGCUGCGGCAGGAGCGCCACGGACGCACCAUCCUCCUCACCACGCACUUCAUGGACGAGGCAGACUUCCUGGGCGACCGCAUCGCCAUCAUGGCCUCCGGCCGGCUCAAGUGCUGCGGCUCCCCCUUCUUCCUCAAGAAGAAGUACGGCGUGGGCUACAAGCUGGUGAUGGUGAAGAGGCCCGAGUGCCGUGUGGAGGAGGUGACACGGCUGCUGCGCGGACACAUCCCGUCGCUGGAGGUGAGCCAGGACGUGGGCGCGGAGCUGUCGUACCAACUGGAGGAGGCCAGCUCUGCUCUCUUCGAGCCGAUGCUCCGGGAGCUGGAGGACGCCAGGGACCGACUGGGCAUCGACAGCUUCGGCGUGGCGCUCACUAGCAUGGAGGAGGUCUUCAUCAGGGUUGGACGAGACGAGGAGCUGUCCCUCCGGAAACGACCGUCCGAGUCUGUCGGCUUGCCUGCGGAGCAGAACUCCCUCCGUGGCGACAACAAUGGCACAAGCAGCUACGGGGACUCGACCGUGCCCAUUGCAGACAACGUGAGUGCGGGGGCGUCGCUGACGGGCCGCCGGCUGGUGCUGAACCAGCUCCGUGCCAUGUCGGUCAAGCACGUGCUGCACACGGCGCGCUCCUGGGUCCUGUACUGCACGCACAUACUGCUGCCCGUGCUGUACCUGAUAGUCGCCAUCGUCCUCAGCAGCGCCUCGGUCGCCGUCUCCGUGCUGCCCGCCCGGGAGCUGGGCCUGGGGUCGUACAGCACUCCCAUCACACCGGUCGAAGUGGCCUCCGGCGAAGACUCGGCCAAGCGUCUCUACGAGCAGUUCAAGGCCUUGCGUCCUCCGGGGCUGGUGGACCUGGGCAGCCACUCCGAGUCCACCAUGAGCACUUACGUCUUGGAGCAGGCUGUAAACGACAUUAGUUCCUACACCCAGAACUUCAUUGUCGGGGCAACUUUCAGCACCGACAGUGCAAGCUCUGCGCCUGAAGCCACCGGGUGGUUCAGCAACCAGCCGUUCCAUGCCGCCCCGGUCGCGCUCAACCUGAUCCACAACUCCAUUCUCCGGAGCACGCCUGCGGGCUCGGGACGCUCAAUCAGCGUCGUCAACCACCCUCUGCCCUACUCCGCAGAUACCGAGGUCCGCAUGCAGGCGUCGGGCAGUACCCUAGGCUUCCAAGUGGCGUUCAACUUCGUGUUCAGCAUGUCCUCGGUGUCGGCGUUCUUCGUGCUGUUCUACGUCAAGGAGAGGGUCAGCAGGGCCAAGCUGCUGCAGUUCGUGUCCGGGGUGGACGUGCUCACCUUCUGGGGCACGGCGUUCCUCUGGGACCUCCUCAGGUUCUCCGUCAUCGCCCUGGCCAUUGUCGUGACGCUGGCGUGCUUCCAGAAGGACGGCUUCAGCGAGGCGGAUCAGCUAGGUCGGAUACUGCUGUUGCUGAUGCUGUUCUGCUGCCCGAUGCUGCCCAUGAUGUACCUCAUGUCCUUCCUGUUCAGCGUCCCGGCCACGGGCUACUCCAGAGUCAUCCUGUUCAACAUCAUCACAGGCUUGGCCGGCAUGCUGCUGGUGACAGUGUUCAACAUGCCGAGUCUCGGGCUGGAGGCGGCCGGGGAGACGGUGGACUGGGUGUUGGUCGUCCUGUUCCCGCUCUACUCGCUGGGCAGCAGCGUCAACCACAUGCACAACAACGCCAUGCUGCUGGAGACCUGCGCUCCGUUCAGGCCCUUCUGCUCGGAGCAGCACCCCAACCCGUGCUGCAUGGAACCAAGAUUUUGCCCUAACGGCACGUGCAUCAAGAUGACGGAAAACUACUUUGAGUGGGAGACUCCUGGCGUUGGGCGAAAUGUCGUGUUCUUCAUCGUGAGUGCGAUUGUCUUCAGUACAAUCCUGCUGCUCGUAGAGCUCAAUAUUAUUGGCUCUGUUUGGUACAGCUUGAGGGAAUGCACGUCUAAUAAGCCUAAAGGCGCGGUUCAAGAUUAUGAGCCGGACGACUCUGAUGUGGUCGCAGAAAACUCCAAAGUGCGCUCUGUCAGCCUCCAUGUUCUCAAGGAUAGCUUCAACAUGGUGCUUGUAGACCUGACCAAGUUCUACGGUAGUUUCCAAGCCGUGAACAAGCUGUGUGUGGGGGUGCGGAAGGGAGAGUGCUUCGGUCUCCUGGGGGUGAACGGGGCCGGCAAAACCUCGACGUUCAAGAUGAUGACAGGGGAUGAGAGGAUAUCCAGUGGAGAGGCUUACAUUGGUGGCUUCAGUCUGAAGAACCAAUUGAAGCAGGUGCACCGGCGCAUCGGCUACUGCCCCCAGUUCGACGCGCUGAUGGAGAGCCUGACGGGCCGGGAGACCCUGUGGCUGUUCUGCAUGCUACGGGGGGUCCCCGGGCAGGACGUGCCCGCGGUGGUGGACCGGCUGGCGGGACGGCUGCUCCUCCGCGAGCACCUCGACAAGAAGGUGAAGGAGUACAGCGGCGGGAACAAGAGGAAGCUGAGCACGGCGGUGGCCCUGGUGGGAGACCCACCCGUGCUGAUCCUGGACGAGCCCACGACGGGCAUGGAUGUGGUGGCCAAGCGACACUUCUGGGACGUGGUCUGCCGGGUGCGCGACAGCGGCAAGUGCGUCCUGCUCACGUCCCACAGCAUGGAGGAGUGCGAGGCGCUGUGCACGAGAAUAGCCAUCAUGGUGAACGGGCAGUUCCGCUGCAUCGGACCGACCCAGCACCUCAAGAACAAGUUCGCUGAAGGGUACACUCUCACCGUGAAGACCUCCGACGCAGGCCUCGACACCCAACCCGUCAAGGAGUUUGUCGCUAGCUCAUUUGAAGGCGCAUCACUGAGGGAAGAGCAAGAUAAUCUCCUCACGUUCUACAUUCCUUCGAGCAGCGGACUGAAGUGGUCGCGGAUGUUUGGGGUCAUGGAGCGGGCCAAGGCCUCGCUGCACAUCAGCGGCUACUCGCUGGGGCAGACCAGCCUCGAGCAGGUCUUCCUCAUGUUCACGAAACAGCAGGGUUUAAAGCUGCUCCCUCAGACAUCUAUACCAGCAUCUUAAAUUACUGUUACGUGUUUAUUCUAAGAUGUUCAUGACACCUCAAAAUAACAACAGUAAUGUAGCUAAUGACUAUAAUGACAUGAAUAUGAUGAACAGUAACAGCUAUCUAAAACCCAGUCAAACUAUACAUCUUUACAAGUAACAUACAUAUGUAUUUAAAUGUGAUUCACGCAGCCUAAGACCAGUGAAAAUUCUAGUCAACUACAGUGUAUGAGUUAGUGAUUAAAAAAUAAAUAAAGUAUUGUAUGUAUAAGUGAGAUACAAGAAUGAGGAAAUUACUGGAUAACAAUGUUUACACCUAGCUUUCUGCAACUUUGUGCCUACAAAUAAAUUAUUUAUAUAGAUUUGUAUGUAUAAGUGAGAUACAAGAAUGAGGAAAUUACUGAAUAACACACAAUGCUUACACCAGCUUUCUGCAACUUUGUGCCUGCAAAUAAAUUAUUUAUAUAGCAUUGUAUGUAUAAGUGAGAAACAAGAAUGAGGAAAUUACUGAAUAACAAUGUUUACACCUAGCUUUCUGCAACUUUGUGCCUACAAAUAAAUUAUUUAUAUAGAUUUGUAUGUAUAAGUGAGAUACAAGAAUGAGGAAAUUACUGAAUAACACACAAUGCUUACACCAGCUUUCUGCAACUUUGUGCCUACAAAUAAAUUAUUUAAGUAUAAGAACUGAGCAAAAAAAAAAAAAGAAAAAUAAUAAAAACUAAUUUAUUA